UAAGCAUUUAAUUUAGAUUUGGAUUUUCGCUUAUGAUGUUGAAAAGUUUUCUGUUAGUUUUAAUUGCUGUUGCAGCAGUAAAUGCCCACAGUGGCCGUGUAGUCGGAGGCACAGAUGCCGAAGAAGGUGAAUUCCCAUAUAUCGUUUCACUUCGUAGCUCAUUUGGAUCACAUUCAUGCGGUGGUUCAAUUCUCAAUAAUCAAUGGAUUCUUACUGCAGCGCAUUGUGUUGGCGCAGGAGCCAAUGGAAUAACUAUUCAAUAUGGUGUUACUAAAAUUGAUUCAAGUGGACCAAAUGUUUCUAAAGUAUCGAAAGUAAUCACACACGAAAAAUACAGUCCUUCAGAUAAUUAUAGAAAUGAUAUCGCUUUAUUAAAACUAACUGAGCCUAUUCAAUUUAAUGACAAAGUUCAACCAGUCAAACUCCCAACACAAAAUCAAGAAUUCCCACACGGAACUUCUUCACUUUUAGUAGGAUGGGGAUUAGAUAAGUCUGGAGGUUCUAUCCAAAAAAUCUUACAAAAAGUUGAUUUAAUUGUAUUUAGUGAUGCGGAAUGUACAAGCCGCCAUGGCGGUAGAACCGAUUCGUCACAAAUUUGCGGUGGUGUACCAGAAGGAUGGAAAGGACAAUGUAACGGUGAUAGUGGGGGUCCAAUGUCUGUCAACGGUGUUCAAGUUGGCAUUGUUUCUUGGAGUGUAAAACCUUGCACAGUUCCACCUUAUCCAGGGGUUUAUACUAAACUUUCUCAUUUUAUUGAUUGGGUUAACGAAAAAAUCAGUAAAAAUUAAAUUAUGUAAAAUAAAAAUAC